AUGAAUAAAUUUGGACAAGAAUAUCAGGCAGGCCUGAAGAAAGUCGAAUCUGCGCAAUUAUCUGCCAUUGAGAUUCUCGCACUACGUUCGUUCCUCCUUUGGGCUGCUGAGCCUAAUGAUGCAGGCCGAUAUGUGCUUCGGCGAUUAUCCGAAAACCCGCAGUGCACCUUGGAGGAGACACUUCGCUCGAUCCGAAAGGACUGGUUGACAUUGGCAAAUAAAAUGUGUCGCGAUGACCAAGUACCUCCACAGAUUGAAGCCGGUCUCAGGGAGCGAGAUGGGCAUCGUUGCUGUAUUACAGGAUCAACCGUCGAUGUUAAGCCUAUAUAUAUACUCGCUCCAUCGCUCGUGAACGAUAGCGACCUGUGCCCUGGGGGAUAUUUGCGACCGAUGCUGGAGGCGCUCCUAACUCGCGAGAGAGUUGAGGAGAUUUUUAGUUUACUCGAGACGCGUAAUCAGAAGAAUGAGCUGAAAAACCUCUGGCUAAUGUCUCGGCCAGUACGGGCUUCUUUUCGUUAUGGACAAUUCAGAAUUAAGAAGUCAAUUUAUCUAGAAAUGCCAGACCAUACUUUCAGAGACGAGCGCCACGGUGGGUGGUGGGUUGAAGCCGUCUCACCUCGAAAUAUAUUACCCGAGUCUUUGGAUGGGCAUGAGUCGUUCUAUAAAAUCCCGUCGACACCGAAUCCGGAUACUCAUCCGCUUCCAGUGAAUGUGCUGUUAAACGCCCAUAUUAUUAUUACCAGAGCUUUGCAUUUCCAUGUUAUAGAGGAGCACAUGCGACUGGGUUGGCCUGAGUGGACCGAGCCUAGAACACUUGGACAAACGGGGAGAUUUUUGCUUCGAGGAUUUUUGCGCGUUCUGCCCAACUUUGCCCGGAUACCCCUUUAUAAGCUGAUCGUUCGACUGGUUGAGUACUUUGAUCCUAUCCAAAGGAGAUGCUCCAUCAAAUGUCUCCCACUGGGUCUAUGCCUCAAGGUGUCCCGCCAGUACACAGAAAACGAGGCGAACGCCUUACUAUUAGUGGAGAAGUAUACGACAAUAAAUGCACCUAAAUUGAUUGACUCUGUCGUGAUAGAUGACAAAUCAGGGUUCAUCCUGAUGACAAGGAUUUUUGGGCAUCCAUUGAACGGCGUACAUUACCGAACAACAUUCGAAGAGCGGGAGCAGAUAGGAAAAGACCUGGCCGGUUGGAUCGAACAGCUACGACGGAUUCCAAACAACACAAACCAUCUCAUCGCGAACACUUUGGGUGGUCCAAUUUGUGACCAUCGACACGGGCAAGAUGACAACUCUUGGGGUCCAUAUAACUCAGUGGCCGACUUCACGGACCGGCUCGUUCGAGAUGUCGUCGAUAUCGACAAACGUAAACACGAGCGUCCAAUUUCCCUCCUAUAUGAGAAGAAACAUGAGGUUGUAUUCACGCAUUCCGACCUCCACAUGUCGAACAUUAUUAUUCGGUCUGGCCGACUACAUGGCCUUAUCGAUUUCGAAAACGCGGGGUUUAAGCCGGAGUAUUGGGAAUUCACUCGAGCUUUGUGGCCGUAUGGGAGCCAAAACGAGAAGGAAUAUAUAUAUCACAGCACAUUUGGUGAUAAGUACGAGGAGGAAUUGGAAGCAGAAGUGUUCAUUUUGCUAAAUGCGCCAUUUGUUUUGUGA